AUGAAGACCAAUCAACUUCAACAUCAUCUUCAUCCCGUUGAACAAUCUGCUGCAAACCCAAUGUUAAAUAAUCAACAACAUUCUGAUAAUUUGAAUUUGCAACCAGAAAUCCAACAUCAUCAACCAGUUUUGUCGAACCAUUUAUCCCAGCAAUCGCGUAAAGGUUCUUCAUCUGGACCGGUGCAACAAUUGAAUAACAGAAAUUGUAAAACUGAAGGUAAUAAUGUAUCCGCUACUGUUUGCGCUAACUGCGGAAUUACAACUACUCCGUUGUGGAGGAGAGCCCCGAAUGGAGAGACGAUUUGCAAUGCUUGUGGAUUGUAUCUCAAAGCUCGAAACACUGUUCGUCCACCUUGGUUGAAACGUAACGCCAUCAAAAAAGCCACACCUUCUUCAACCGAAUCUUCUGAUACUUCUAGCACUGGAACUUGCCCAGGUGAUGGUCACUGUGAUGGUACUGGUGGAUCGCGUUCUUGCGAUGGUUGUCCGGCUUACAACCAACAUCAAGUGAACCGUCAAGCUUUAAGCUGUGCCAACUGUUCAACAACUACUACCCCUCUUUGGAGACGAGACGAAGCUGGUAACACUAUUUGUAAUGCCUGUGGUCUUUAUUUUAAGCUUCAUAAUGUGCACCGUCCAGUUGCCAUGAAACGGUCGGUAAUUAAGCGUCGUAAACGCGUUGCAUUAGCGGCGGCUGCUUCACCUCCUACAUCUCAUCGUCAUACUAAUCGCGAAGCAGAUAAUCGUAAGAAUCGUAUUCAACAUCCUCCAACUCCCUCAUCAACUUCUGGUUCCGAACGUGGUUAUUUUUCGUCUGAAGAUGACGAUUGUUCUAUCGACGGUAAUCCACUCGUUACUAUUGGUCAAAAGAGGAAAUGCUCGUUGAACGUUUCAUCGAGCAAACGUCAAUGCGGUAACGAUAGACAAGUUCCCGCCAUCGAGGACUACAUUUUACCUAGACGUAUCAGCAUUGCUUCUCAUGGAGAUAAUGGCAUGUGGAAUAAUGGUCUUGAUGAAAGACGUCGAAGUUUGAGUCCUGUUGAAACAUCUUUAGUUCAAAUUCAUCCCAACAGUGGUGGACGUGGCAUGGGUACUUCCAACGCUCCUUUUUCUCCCGUUUAUUCUGGUUUCCAAUCGAGUCAGCGUAGCAACAAUAAUAAUGAUAGUUCAGCUUCUAAUCAUGGAAACGACAACAGCAAUAGCAGUAAUCCUCAUCCUCCUUCAAGCUCAAUUUCUGCUUUGUUGAAUCCAACCUCCCCAUCUAUUAAUAAAAAUGUCAACACUCAAUUGCCUCCGAUUACUACCAUUCCGCCGCCUGUUAUGAAUACUCAAGUUCCCCAAAUUUCAACUCUCUUGCAACAACCUGCACAACGUCCUCACAUUCCUCCUGCUGACACUCUCACUCGUGAAGUUUUGCAAGCUCAUCGUCAAGAAUUGCAACGUGAAGUUUCUCACCUAAGCAUGCUACUUAGUCGUACCACCGCUAUCUUGUGUGGAUUGGACCAAACCUUAGGCUCUGAAUCUGCGCCUCAUAAUCCACCUUCUCAUGAACAUCCAAUUUCGACUGUUGGCUUGGCCUCCGAAGCGAAUUCUACCUCGGCUUUGGCUUCUUUGUUUGCACUCCAAAGUAACAACAAUCAAUAUUCUGGACAACAAGUUCCAGUUCAACAAAAUUACGUGACUCUUCCUCCUCCAUCUGGUUUAGUUGCGCCACGUGUUUAA